AACUCCUAUAUUAAAGGCAACUGGUAUCAGAAAUUACAUUUCUUAUGAAAGAUGGUAGCCAUUUUGAAUUCAACUGCCAUCUUGUCUACUUGUCUACAUCAAGUCUAAAUGUAAUAUAAAAGGCACAAAUUAAUAAGUCACAUAUUUCUUAUUAUCUAUUUGUAUAAAGAUUUUCAGAGAACUUCAACAGAGAGCAAUGAGGUAAUAAAAAUAUAUAGACAUACACUUGACUUAUGGACAAUGAUAAAUACAUGUGGGUAAGUAGAAAUGAAAUCGUUUGAAUAUUGAAUUGUGCCUCAACUGUUGAAAGAGUAGUUUGUACCAGCCAACUCAGAUAAAGGUUAGAGCAACAUAACCGUAUAUAUAUCAGUUACAAAUUUACUGCACAUAGGAAUAUCUUCAAAUCUGGACUUAGUACUUCGUAUGUAAGUCUAAAUACAACAUAAUGCAUCCAAGUUUUUGUCUCAGUCUAACGCUAACUUUUUGUAUAAUCCCAUUUGUGGAUAGUUACAAGUAUGUUGGAAUACCACUAAUGUGGACCAGUCAUUUCAUGGAAUUCUUAGGACCAUCUAGAGAGCUAAUAAACAGAGGACAUGAAGUGUAUUUCAUUGUGGCCUCAAACUGCAUGAUUCCUAGUGAUGUCACAAAAUCUGGUGUGAAAAUACUGACGUAUGCAUCUACUGGAAAUGAAAUUGGAGCAACGGAAGAAUUUCAGAAUGAUGCAAUUAAGUCGAUCAUCAGUGGUAAUGAUGAUUUAUUUUAUAAAUACCCAAAGAAAAUAUGGACAAAACAAGGUGACUGUUUAUUCAAUGAUAAAGCUCUGUUUGAACAAGUGAAAUCUCUGAAUUUUGAUUAUGCGAUUGUUGAUGGUUUCUUUUUUGCACCAUAUCUGAUGCUGUACCCACACAAAUUAGGCAUUCCGUAUAUUGCUUUGACAGCCCUCCUUGGAUUACACUGGGACAUAGGGGUGCCACAUAUGCCUUCCGUAUAUCCUAAUCAGAACAUUGACUUCCCGCCUGACAUGAACUUUCAACAAAGGGUUGUGAACUUAUUCAUGUAUAUCGCACUGCCAUAUGUCACCAAUUCCUUCAAUAACAAUCCAGAUGAUCUCAUGGAGAAAUAUUACCCAGAAGCCCCAGCAGGAACAACUAUGAUGGAAAUAUUUCGGGAUGCUGAUCUUUGGCUAAUUGAUCAAGAUCCAAUACUUUCUUACCCUCGGCCUACUGUACCGCAUAUGAUUUUUGUUGGUGGUUUAACAACGUAUCCAGCAAAACCCCUUGAGGCAAACAUCAAAAACUUUAUUGAAUCAUCCCAACAUGGACUUAUUGUGGUAUCAUUUGGGGCUUAUAUGGCCUACCUGCCUAAGGAAUUGACACAAAUGCUGAGUGACGUCUUUUCCAAUUUAGAUCAACAAGUCAUUUGGAGAUUUAAGGGAAAAGCACCGAAAUCUGUUGGAAAUAAUGUCAAAUUGAUGGAAUGGAUUCCGCAAAACGAUGUCUUAGGUCAUCCAAAUACAAAACUUUUUAUUGGACAUGGUGGGAGUAUAGGUCAAUUCGAGGCUGUUUACCAUGCUGUCCCAAUGAUUUCUAUACCUUGUAUGCCUACUGAUCAAAAACAUAAUGCUGUGAGAAUUGAACAUAAAAACUUUGGUAUCGGACUAUCUUGGGCAACAAUAACAGCUGAACAAUUAAAUAAAACAAUAAAUGAGAUUUUGUUGAAUCCAAAAUAUUCAACAUCAAUAAAGAGAGCUUCCAGAAUGUUCCGUGAUCGACGAACAACUCCGCAAGAAUUGGCAGCUGAUAGCAUCAUUCAUGCAACCAAAUAUGGAACAAAGCAUCUUCAGACUCGAGCAAAAGAAAUGACGAAAAUUAAAUUCUUUAUGCUUGAUAUACUGUUUUUGUUCUCGCUGAUUGCCAUAGCGAUUUGUGUCAUCCUUUGGUUUCUAUUAAAACGUCUGGUCCAGAUGAUUUUUAAGAGACAACUCAAGGCAAAAACUGACUGA